GUCGGCGUAGGGGCGGGACUUCCUGCUUCGCGCGCUCUCAGGUCUCGGGACCCACUAGGCUCCGCUGGGCUUGAGGGGCGGCUGGUGGUGGGCGGAGGGUGGUGUUUCCGCGGGUCGGCGGCUACUGGGCUGCCCAGCCGUCCGCAGAAAGCCCGUCCACCGAGGUGGAGCGAAGCUUUUCUCCGCCGCCGCCCUCUCCGCCCUCGGAGCUCUCCCAGGAUACCUCAGAUUUCCCUGGAGUCCGGAGCUCUAGGGGCGCGCUCGGCCCUCCUUUUCCUCUUCAGCCUGCGCCGCGAGCGGCUGCCGGCCUGGCCAGCACCUCGCGUGUGGGACCUCAUCCCUUAGCCUCAAUGCCCGUGCGAGAAGAGUUGAGUGGGUGCCGGUGGUUGGAGCUGUGCAGGUGUCCCCCGGUGGCAAGUGUGGCCACAGCACCGGGCGCUAUUAAGUUUUAUGCGCGCACGUUGCAAGGACUGUGUGUGAGUCUGGUAUAAUUUGGUAUCCUGAGUGUCUGUCUUAGCAAGAAGGAAGUGGAAAAUACUCUUGAAAAGAAAACUAAGACAAUAAGGAAGCCAGAACUUACUUUUACAUGGUGAUUUGCUCACUUAACAGUAUGGACACUUUUCCCACCACAUUUCCUCCUGGUGGAGACAGUGGGCUGACAUAUUCUCAGUCUGAGGUGCAAAAAAUGUUAAUUGAUGAAAGGUUACGAUGUGAACAUCAUAAAACUAACUAUCAGACUCUUAAAGCUGAACACACAAGGUUGCAAGAUGAGUACAUAAAGUCACAAAAUGAACUCAAGCGCCUAUUAAAUGAAAAGCAAACUCACCAGGAAAAAUUUCAGCUGCUGCUUGAAGAGCUACGAGGGGAAUUAGUAGAGAAAACUAAAGACUUAGAAGAAAUGAAACUGCAGGUGUUAACUCCACAAAAGUUGGAACUGUUACGAGCCCAGAUACAACAAGAAUUAGAAACUCCAAUGAGGGAACGUUUUAGGAGUCUGGAUGAAGAAGUGGAAAAGUAUAGAACUGAAUAUAAUAAACUCCGCUAUGAACAUACAUUUCUUAAAUCAGAAUUUGAACACCAGAAAGAAGAAUUUGCACGUCUUCUACAAGAAGAAAAAAUAAAAUGUGAAUCAGAGAUUGCAGGACUGGAGAAAGAUAAAGAAGAACUACAUAAUCAACUGCUUAGUGUUGAUCCCACAAGAGACAGCAAACGAAUGGAACAACUCGUUCGAGAAAAAGUCCAUUUAUGUCAGAAAAUAAAAGGCUUAGAGGCUGAGGUAUCCGAAUUAAGGGCUGAAAAAGAAAAUUCUGGUGCUCAGGUAGAAAAUGUCCAAAGAAUUCAGGUACGGCAGUUGGCUGAGACACAGGCUACAGUCAGAUCCCUGGAGGCUGAAAAACAGUCAGCUAAACUACAGGCUGAACGCUUGGAAAAAGAGCUACAAUCAAUCAAUGAACAAAAUACUGUUUUAAUUAGUAAAUUGCAUAAAGCUGAACGGGAAAUAAAUACAUUGACCAGUAAAGUAAAAGAACUUAAACAUUCAAACAAACUAGAAAUAACAGACAUCAAACUGGAGGCAGCAAGAGCUAAGAGUGAGCUAGAAAGAGAAAGGAAUAAGAUUCAAAGUGAACUGAAUGGGUUACAGUCAGACAAUGAAAUUCUCAAGUCAGCUGUUGAACACCACAAAGCACUCCUAGUCGAAAAGGAUCGUGAAUUAAUACGUAAAGUACAAGCUGCCAAGGAAGAAGGUUAUCAAAAACUGGUGAUAUUACAAGAUGAAAAGCUAGAGCUUGAGAACAGAUUAGCGGAUUUAGAAAAAAUGAAAGUGGAACAUGAUGUCUGCAGACAAUCUGAAAAGGAUCAGUGUGAAGAGAAAUUGCGAGCUUCACAGAUGGCAGAAGAGUCGGCCAGAAGGGAACUUCAGAGUAUUAGGUUAAAACUUCAGCAACAAAUUGUGAAUAUUGAAAAUGCAGAGAAAGAAAAAAAUGAAAAUGCUGACCUGAAACAGCAAAUCAGUAGUUUGCAGAUCCAAGUGACCUCACUUGGACAGUCAGAGAAUGAGUUGCUGAAUUCAAACCAAAUACUGAAGGAAAUGGUAGAGAGGUUAAAACAGGAAUGCCGAAAUUUAAGAAGCCAAGCUGAGAAAGCACAACUAGAAGUUGAAAGGACUUUGGAAGAGAAACAGAUACAGUGGUUGGAAGAAAAGCAUAAAUUUCAGGAACGUCUCACUGACAGAGAAGAAAAGUAUAAUCAAGCUAAAGAAAAACUGCAGCGAGCUGCAAUUGCCCAGAAAAAGAGAAAAUCCCUUCAUGAAAACAAAUUGAAGAGACUGCAGGAGAAAGUAGAAAUCUUAGAGGCAAAGAGAGAAGAAUUAGAAACAGAAAACCAGGUGUUAAAUAGACAAAAUGUUCCAUUUGAAGAAUAUACAAGGCUUCAAAAAAGACUAAAGGACAUACAGAGAAGACAUAAUGAAUUUCGAAGUUUAAUUUUGGUUCCUAACAUACCUCCAACAGCAUCCAUCAAUCCUUUUAGUGUUCAGUCAUCAGCCAUGGUUCCAGGCAUGGACUUGUCGUUUCCUCCUCAUAUGCAGGAGGAACAGCAUCAAAGGGAACUCUCUCUACUUCGCAAAAGACUAGAAGAACUAGAAACAACACAAAGGAAGCAACUAGAGGAACUUGGAUCUCCUGGGGAAUGAUGUUCAUGGAAAAAAGAUCAAAAGGGAUGAAAUCACUGUGACUCAAUAAAGCUUGAAGUUUUAACGUAUGUGGCAUUUAGAUACUGUAUUCCUGUUUGCCAGAACAUUUGUGCCUCAAGAAAAGGUACCAGCUACAUGAUACAUUGCAUCAGUGUCAGGACUUUAGGAUUAUACCCAGGAUAAGUGAAACAUUAAAACCCCUUCAGAGAUGUUUAGAAUAUUUAUUGACAACUCUUUUGAGAAUGUUAGAAAAGAAAAAAAAAAA